CUGAAAGUAGACUCUCGGGCCCAUUUGUUUUGUGAAAUUGACAGAGUGUCAUCAUCUAUACCCACUCAGAAGGGCAUCUGGGAAGAUGAAAAAGACACCCUAAACUCAGCAACUGCGUAACAUCUCCCCGCUCCUGAAACCUGAAACUGUGGCAAGUCGAAAGACUCAGGGCAAACACUUACCAUGCAGUUUUUGACUGCAGUAAGUCCACAGUCCUUCUCUACCCCAAGCUGGAAGGUCGAGACCAAGUAUUCAACCCGAGUGCUCACUGGAAACUGGGUGGAAGAGAGGAUGAAGUUCACCAAAGCCCCGGAGGAAACACCUCAGUGCAUUUACAGAAAAGAGUACGUCCCCUUCCCAGGCCACAGACCAGACCAGAUCUCCAGGUGGUAUGGCAAGAAGAGAAUUGAGGGGCUCCCGUACAAACACCUGAUCACGCACCACCAGGAGCCCUCCCACCGCCAUCUGAUCAGCACCUACGAUGACCAUUACAACCGGCACAAUUACAACCCCGACCUGCCCGCGCAUCGCACCUGGAGUGGACAUAAGAUGCUGUGGCUCCCAGAGAAGUCCGACUUCCCCCUUCUCGCUCCCCCUACAAACUAUGGACUCCGUGAACAGCUGCAGCAGAGAUGGCUCGCACCCAAGGCUGCCCCGAGGGAGAGCAUUUACACCUCAUCCUACCCCAGACCACCACCCUAUGCUUUGUCCCGGCGGGAACAUGCCAUCCCCGUCCCUCCCCCUCGUCUGCACCCUGUCCCACGCUUCUGAGAGCUGCCAGGCCCCGGGCAAUGCAGGCAGAGCAGCCGGAGCCCCACUGUGCUGUCCAACUGGCCAGGCAGCCGGCAGCCUGCAGACCCACCCAGAGUUUUAAAUCCGGCCCCGCCGAGGGGCCCUUAGAAUCAUGGUCUGUGUUUGAAAGUUUCGCCCCUCCUCCAAACCCUCAGGUUCCUUUCUUUUCCAUCCCACAAGUAAAGCUCUUUGA